AUGUCUUGUGAUAGUCGCAAUCCGACUAUCCAAGAAUACUGCAAUUUCCGGCUACGAAAUAUCCCCUAUGGAAGCGAUGUUAAACCACAGUCUUGCUACGAUCGACCAGUCGACGACGCAGGAAAUGCUCGACUUGUUCUUGAGUGGGGAGACUGGCUAGUUAUUGGCGUUUAUUUCGUCAUUGUCCUUGGAGCAGGUCUUGGCAUUUCUCUCAUCGGAAAGAAGAAGGCUUCUUCGUCAGCUGCAACAGACUUUCUUCUUGCAGGCCGAUCCAUGUGGUUUUUACCUGUCGCGUUUUCCCUAUACAGCUCGAAUAUUGGAAGCUCUUCCUUCAUUGGCUUGGCUGGAUCAGGAGCCGCUGCUGGCAUCGCAGUUGGCGUGUUUGAGUGGAAUGCAAUGAUUUGCUUGCUGAUGCUUGGAUGGCUUUUCGUUCCAGUCUAUCUUGCAUCUGGAAUCAAGACUAUGCCCGAGUUCCUCCAACGUCGAUUUCCUGGAGAGCGAAUUCAGCUUUAUUUAGCAGUUUUAUCUCUCUUCAUUUAUAUUUUUACGAAGAUUAGCGCAGAUUUAUUCUCUGGCUCGUUAUUCAUUUCUCUUGCGAUUCCAUCACUGAAUUUAUAUGUGGCUAUCAUCAUCCUCCUUGCUAUCACAGCUGCGUAUUCUGUCGCCGGUGGAUUGAAGGCUGUCAUUUACGUUGAAGCUCUUCAAACUGUGAUCAUGGUUAUCGGUUCAGUCAUUAUGGCGGUUUAUGCGUUCAAUGAGAUUGGAAGCGAGAAUGAGUCUGCAUGGGACAGUCUCUGGGCCAAGUACAACUGUUCGAUUCCUUCCGACUACCUUUCGCCUCUAGAAACGCAGAAUGGCGACGCAUGUGGUGCCGUUAGAGAUGAUUUCGAUCAUGUUCUGCGAGCACCCGACGCCGAUCUACCCUGGCCAGUUGCUUGCGUUGAUCCUGACAAUUGCAAGUCUUACUGCAACUCUAAUAUUGGCUGCUCUAAUAUCGCUUAUCCAACACUUAUUCUUCGUCUCUUACCAGCAGGAUUACGAGGAAUGCUCAUGGCCGUCAUGCUUGCCGCACUCAUGAGUUCUCUCACCUCAACGUUCAAUUCUGGUGCUACUUUAUUUACAUUAGAUAUCUAUGCGAAAAUUCGCAAAAAUGCUUCGCAAGCAGAACUGCUAAUUAUCUCAAGACUAACAAUGCUUGCUCUCUGCGGUAUUUCAAUUCUUUGGCUACCUAUCGUUCAAAAUUCAUCUGACGGACAGCUCUUUGACUACAUUCAAGCAAUCACAUCGUAUCUCGGCCCACCAGUUGUAACAAUUUUCGUUCUUGGCAUAUUCUGGCCGCGUUGCAACGAGCCAGGAGCUUUUUGGGGGCUUCUAUGUGGACUAAUUAUCGGUCUGACUAAAAUGCUACUUGAAUUCACACAACCAACAGGACUAUGUGGCGAUACGCUUCCAAAACCUUUGGUCUUGUCGAAGAUGCAUUAUUUACAUUUUGCGAUUUUAUUGGCAUUUUUAACGGUGAUCAUCGCAAUUGUCGUUUCACUUUUGACUCCGCCACUCGAUCCAAGAUAUCUUCCACGAAUGACAUACUGGACUCGGUUUUCUAAUAAAAAACGCAAAUCUAUUAGCGAUUUGAAACCUAAGGAGGAAAUCUCUCAAGCAGAAGUGCCCAAAUGGCUGAAAUGCCUUGUUCGUGAAAAUAAAACUUCCUCUGAAGAAAUUUCCAUCGCAGAAGAACAACCGAACGAGGAACAUGAUGUCGAAGAGGAUCCCUGUAAAAUUCUCAAGGAGGAAAAAUCGUGGAACAUUGCAGCGAACGUUGCCGCUGUUUUUCUUGCUGUUUCAUGUGUGUUUUUGCAUGCAUAUUUCGCUUAG